UCAUCCUGAGCGUGCUCGGCUCGCAGUCUCUAAACGCCCGGAUGAUGAGAAGAGCCAGGCGACGUGCGCGGCAACAUGGUGGCGUGAGUGGCUCCCAGUGAGGGCAGACAUCACUCCCAAGGCACGGAGACAGCCAGGGGCAGGGGGACGACGUCAAGCAACCACUGGAAUCUGUGACAUAUUCGACGCAGAGCAACCUCAGUGGGAACAUACGGACGGAGACUUUGAGGCGACACACGGCGGCGUAUUUUUUCCCUUCUACCUCCUGGAGGUGUUUUGUCGGCAACAGCGCCCCCCCGCUGCGGAGCACAGAGUCAGAGGCAGCAGGUGCAGCUGACGCAAAGGCUUUCUAGCAGGCAGGGCCAGUUGGGGCACCGAGAGGGAGAGGAGCCACGGGAACUCCAGCAAACACUGAAUCAGAACUCGCAGACACACUGGACAAAUCAAUGUGUGUUUAGAGAGAGAGAGACUGGACUGAAGCCAAACCACUCAGCAUACAAAAUACCUUUGCCUCAGUUAUGAAUGUGAGGGAAGGUGUGGACAAACUGCCUCACAUUAAACUAUGGAAUGCUCUCUGAACUCACCAUCACUAGUCUCCAAUCUUUGGACUCAACUCCAAGAGCUUAGUUAGCAACUGUGCUCCUCCCCUCCAACUCUUUCCGACCAGGGGACGAAGAAAAGGAGUGGGCCUACCUAAGUGCUUCACGCACGCGCGCAAAAACACAGCGCAGUUCACUUUUUUUUAAUUUAAAGGUUUUGUCGUUCUUGUGUGUGUGAGGAACACCAUAUCAACAUGGAUCUGGAAUCGUACCUGUGGAUGGUCAUUUUUGGCUUUAUCAUCGCCUUUGUUUUGGCUUUUUCUGUUGGUGCCAAUGACGUGGCCAAUUCCUUUGGCACAGCGGUGGGGUCUGGUGUAGUCACACUGAAGCAGGCCUGCAUCCUUGCCUCCAUCUUUGAGACACUGGGCUCCAUGCUGCUGGGGGCCAAAGUGGGCGAGACCAUUCGCAAAGGCAUUAUCGAUGUCAGCCUGUACAACGACACGGUGCCUGUGCUCAUGGCGGGGGAGGUCAGCGCCAUGGUUGGCUCGGCAGUGUGGCAGCUCAUCGCCUCCUUCCUCAAACUGCCCAUUUCCGGAACGCACUGCAUUGUGGGAGCCACCAUUGGCUUCUCCAUGGUUGCCAUCGGCACCAAGGGUGUCCAGUGGAUGCAGCUGGUUAAGAUUGUGGCGUCGUGGUUCAUCUCCCCCUUGCUGUCUGGUCUUAUGUCUGGAAUCCUCUUCAUUCUCAUCAGGAACACCAUCCUCAAUAAGGAAGAUUCUGUUCCCAAUGGCCUGCGAGCGCUGCCCCUGUUCUACGCUUCCACCAUUGGGAUCAACACCUUCUCCAUCAUGUACACUGGAGCACCACUGCUCGGGCUAGAGAUGCUCCCGGUGUGGGCAAUCUUUCUCAUCACCCUUGCCGGAGCGUUGGUGUGUGCGGCUCUGGUUUGGAUCUUCGUGUGUCCAUGGAUGAGGAGGAAAAUAGCAAGUCGUCUAAAGCAGGAGCAGGCCUUGUCCAGGAUUUCUGACGAAAGCCUGGACAAGAUUCCUGAAGAGGAAGAGGAAGGCCCCGUCUUUAAAGAGCUUCCCGGGGCGAAGGGCACAGAUGAAGCUGUGCUGCCUCUCACUGGAGGCAACAGUGAAAGGAACACGCGCACCUCCAACAGCGAGCUCACCAACCUGGCCAACGGAGGGACUGUCAUGCCCAAUGGCCGAGUUUAUGGUCGCACCCACUCAAUGACCAACGGCUGCCUCAAGUCGCCAGUUUCCAAUGGCAGCUUUAGCUUUGACGGCCAUAUGCGCAGCGACGGCCAGGUAUACCACACCGUGCACAAGGACUCGGGUCUGUAUAAAGACCUCCUACACAAAAUACACCUGGGCCGCAUGGAUGACAACGAACGGCCAGGCGCCAGUGCGGUCCAGCCCGACAACAACUAUCGCCUGCUGCGUCGUAACAACAGUUACACCUGCUAUACAGCAGCCAUCUGCGGCAUGCCUGUCCAGCCGCUCAUCCGCACAGAGUCGCGGGAUGACAGUGAAAAGCUGGUCGGGGAGGGCGGCGGCGGGCGUAGCAACAGCGUGUCGUACUCCAAGAAGCGUGUACGCUACGACAGCUACUCAUCAUACUGCAAUGCAGUGGCCGAGGCGGAGAUUGAGGCAGAGGAGGGUGGUGUGGAGAUGAAGCUGGCUACCGAGCUGGAGGGGGUGGAGGAAGAAGGGGCGCCCGCUCCAGUGCCUCUGGAUGAUUUGGCUGAGGAGGAUCACGAGGAGAAGGACAAGCCUGAGGUUUUCCAGCUUUUCCACUUCCUGCAGAUUCUCACAGCCUGUUUUGGCUCCUUUGCUCAUGGAGGCAACGAUGUCAGUAAUGCCAUUGGACCCCUGGUGGCGCUGUGGAUGAUCUACGACCAGGGUGGCGUGAUGCAGGACGCCGCCACUCCCAUCUGGCUGCUAUUUUAUGGCGGCAUAGGCAUCUGCGCUGGCUUGUGGGUGUGGGGCCGCCGGGUCAUCCAGACCAUGGGAAAGGACUUGACUCCCAUCACCCCCUCAAGUGGAUUCACAAUUGAACUGGCGUCUGCACUCACUGUCGUGUUGGCUUCCAAUAUCGGAAUCCCUGUCAGUACCACACACUGCAAGGUGGGCUCCGUGGUGGCUGUUGGCUGGAUUCGCUCCAAGAAGGCGGUGGACUGGCGACUCUUCAGGAACAUCUUCCUGGCAUGGUUUGUCACUGUGCCCGUGGCAGGCCUGUUCAGUGCCGCUGUCAUGGCCCUGUUCGUCUACGGCAUCCUGCCCUUUGUGUGAGGGGAUGUGGCCGGGAGGGAGGAAGAACCGCGGAGGACCCGAGAGUCGGAGAGAGAGGAAAGGACGGUGUUGAUAGUGGGGAUGCAGGAAGACGGGAUGACAAAAGGUCAAAGGUGAAGAGAAGCAGACACAAUGGGAUGUGAGGAGGGUUGGUUCACAUGCUGGCUGGCUCAAUUCAGCACCCUUCAAUCUUGUGUACAUAUGACUAAAGUCCACACUACAAAAAAACAUGGCUGACAUGCAUUGACAUGACAACCACAGCUCAGUGAACCAGUUAUUCAGAUAUGCUAGAAAGCGACUGUACAUAUUAAUAUUAUCAUACAGGAAUUUGUCGUCUUGAUUCAAAGUGAAAAAAGAACAAAAGUUAGUGUGUGGUCAACCAACCCAUCUCACUUUCCUCUCAUGCUAGCUAGGUACAAGUGAGAGGGGAGAUGAUGGAGCCUCAAUGAGGGCUGAUGAGACUGUUGCUCUGCAUUUCUUUUUGUUUUUUGUUUUUAUCACAUGAUACCGUACAAAAACCUGAUUCACUACAGAGUUGAUUUGUUUGUAUGGAUGGCUUGUUUUUAAAUGAUGUACUAUACCAUAAUCUGUACUGUAAAUACUCCCCUUCAAGAAGGUGAAAGCGGGGUGAUCAUGUUUUGUUGUUUUAACUGUUGGGAAGGAUGUGCACCUUUUCAUCAUGACAUAUUUUGUUUUAUCACGCUAUUUUUGUGACAGAUUAGGAAAUACUGUAUCAUUUAUACAAGGCGGCCCUCCUUGAUGUAAUACCCUGGCGCUCCGCUAGGUGGCGCCAGUACGUCUAUAAGCUGGUUUGCCGGCUGCCAAUCAAAUUAAAAGAAGAGGACAGUGUUGGCGGCUUUGUCUGAAGAAAAUAGCGGCUCUUUCGAGACACUCACCAUGCCAAAGUAAGCAAAUCUCGUCGCCACGCCAAGUUUUAAAAGUAGAAUUAUGACAUUUUAGGUGCAGCAAAAAGCCAAAACACACACAGUCUCACACACCAAAAAAAAAUCAAAUCAUGCCUUUUUUGUUGGUAUUUUCCCCGUUUGGUGUGCUACGUAAUAUCAAGAUGCCUCAAACCUCCAGAUUGUGUCAUAUCAAGAACUACUUUUGUAUUAUUCAUAUUAAGUCAUGCAGAGCUAAAAGGGUUUCAAUCUUAUCUUACUUGGUGUGUAGCUCCUCCAAACCUGCUCUUUGACACUUAGAGGGUAAAAUAUCACCUUAUUAAUGUUAUAUGGUACCUGAUGGGAAGUACUGAUCAUCACCAGCGCUCUAACGAGGUCACAUGGCAUGACCUGUAGACGAACAAAAGCUUUUCUUUUUUUAAUUAAUCUGAACAAAAUCAAGUUGCUUGUGGUGUGUUUUCCUACAUUUUUAAUUUGUCAUGAACAAAUCUAUGCUUAAGUAGCCACUUGCCUUUGUAACAUUGUGUUUUCUCUUUGUGCAGAUGAUAAUUAAGUACUGUGGUGUUUACAUUGUAACCAUAUCAUGUAGAUGACCUGGAAACGAAAGUACAGUUGCCUCACAAUGCCAAUGAAAGCGAAACACACGAGUGAGUUAAAAAAAAAAAAAAGAACCAGAAGUGUCUAGAGAGAGUAAGAGGAAAAAAACGUGCAGUGUGAUGACUAUUGUUUUAUUUUUGUAGCUGUACUGCUAAUCACCAUGCCGCCACUUUACAAUGCAAAGAGUUUAUCUAGAGACAUUUCAUCAAAAGUAUAUAUUUUUCUACAAUAUUUUAACAGAGGGGGUGAGUGGACACGCUGCAGAAGACACUGCUGUAGCGGAUGCCAAGUUUGUCUAAGUAAAAACACAUUGAAGUGCGUUGUCUGCCAAUAGAUCAAGGUUUGGGAACUCCAAAUUGAAUUGAUUUUUUAAAUUGCGAACACUGUAAUUUUGUUGCCCUGCUGCUUCAAUGGGUUAACCAUUGAGGGAGCGUUAUCCGCCAAAAUGGAUAAAAUUGACAGUUACACUGUAAAAGAUUGGGUAGGUGCUUGUAUCAUUUUACUAUUUGUUAUCCUUGAGGGGGGGUGCACAGUGGGUAAGGUUUGCCGCUUGUUGUUGGAAUUAGUUUGCAUCCAUAAGAGCCAAUGCUGUAAAUGGGCCAUUGUCAGCUACCAGCAAGCGUGGGCAAUUAUAAAAUGCUCCUCCCACCCCAAACUUGGCUAACUCCCACUGCCAUCUUUUUUGUCUUUCUUCAUGCAUUUGCAGCCCUCAGAGGCCAGAAGGGACACACUGUGCCAGAUUGGGACAGAGCAAAAGACAAGAGGGUGGAAAAAAUCGCCCUCUAGUGGCAGCGUUUGAGAUACAAACGCUUUUUUAUCUAAAGAUUAAGACGAACCUUACAGCAGUGUAUUUCCAAAUAGAUCAUGAAGCACUUUUUGGAUUUUAAAUGCAUUUUCCUCAUUAGAAAUUCAGUGGAACCUCCAAAGUGUAACAUAAGUCGUUCUGUGAUGCUGGUUGACUUCUAAAUUGUAAGUGAUUGAAUCCGCUUCCGGCAGGCAUUGUUAAACCUUUAACUGUCCAUUCUUAACAGUCUUGCAAGGAUCAAUUAUUACUACUGUAUAAUAAAAGAAAAAUGAAGUAAAA